AUGAAGAACGAGAAUGGCCAGCAGAGCAAUGCAAUACCUACUACUGAAGUGUUACAUCAAAGUGUUGACUCUGUUUCACUGGACAACCCCAACAGCCCUGCCCUGACUUUGAUACCUGUUAACGAGGACCAAAACACAGAAGUGCAUCUUAAUUGGUACCCCUGCAUAUGGAACCCAUUGAUGUUGGACAAACCAUUUCUGAACAUGUAA